AUGUUUGCUAGAUGUUUCUCCUGCUUCUUUCCAGACCUACCAGAGAUCAGGGCAAAUAAGGGUCGGGACUAUCCAUGGGAAAUUUACACCCUCAAGGAGAUUCUUCACGCGACAAACAACUUCCACGACGAAAAUAAGAUUGGUGAAGGAGGAUAUGGGAGUGUUUACUGGGUCAAGCAAGUAAAGGCAUCGGGGCAAAUAGCAGUGAAAAGGCUAAAAGCCAUGACAGCAAAGGCAGAAAUGGACUUCGCGGUGGAAGUGGAGGUACUUGGUAGGGCAAGGCAUAAGAAUUUACUGGGGCUGAGAGGGUUCUACGCCGGCGGAGAUGAAAGGCUUAUAGUCUACGACUACAUGCCAAAUCAUAGUCUAAGCGUUCAUCUCCAUGGUCAACAGGACGAUGAUUGUCUGUUAGACUGGCCCAGAAGAAUGAGAAUAGCCGCUGGAUCAGCCGACGGAUUAGCGCUAAAAGGUCAGUAUGAUCAAAAACAACUGGAAACAACUGUCUUGAUUGCCAUGAGAUGCGCGGAUGCUUGUCCAGAUAAGAGGCCCAGCAUGAUGGAGGUGGCGGAUUGGCUGAAGGGAGGCACGGCCAGGAGGAAGAAGGAGGUUCAACUAUUGCAAGAUAAGAUUGAGGAAGAUGAACAAGAAGAGCGAAGCUAUGGUAAGGAGUAUGAAGGAUAA